AUGGUGUCACAACCUGCGCCCAAGCGCCAAAAGCGCGAGGAAUACCGGCGCAAGAUCCACGAGCAGCACGAGGCUGCUGAUGGGGCCAAGGCCGAGGUGCAGCUGCCGCAGAAAAGAUUCUUUCGGCAGCGUGCGCAUGCGAAUCCCUUCUCUGAUCACCAGCUUGACUAUCCCUUGACUCCGGCGCAUAUGGAUUGGUCUUCCCAUUACCCCGCAUUCGUGGACCCAGAUACGUCAAAAACGACCCUUAGCGGUGGACGAAAACUCGUCAAAGAUGUGGAGGUCGUGGAUAUCGGCUGCGGCUUCGGCGGCUUGCUGGUGGGACUAGCUCCUCUAUUACCAGACACAUUGAUGGUUGGCAUGGAGAUUCGUGUUUCGGUCCUGGAAUUCGUCACCUCCCGAAUCAAAGCUCUGCGCUUGCGCCAGCAGUACCUUAAGAAUACAUCUUCACAAGACCCAGCCCCCGCGUCAGAACCAGCCAACUCACCACAGAACGGAUCCGAGGCACCUGAAGACGAGGUCGGGACGACUACCAGUGUGGUGCCAGGCAACUAUGAGAAUAUUUCGGGCAUCCGAGCCAACACGAUGAAGUUCCUGCCUAACUUCUUCGAGCGGCACCAGCUUUCUAAAAUCUUCAUCUGCUUCCCAGAUCCGCACUUCAAGGCGCGCAAGCAUAAAGCUCGCAUUGUCUCGGAAUACCUGAAUGCAGAGUAUGCCUAUGUGUUGCGGCCUGGCGGUCUAUUAUAUACUAUCACCGAUGUCGAAGAGUAUCACCAUUGGAUCCUGAAGCAUUUCCAUGUGUCGGGGAAUGAGGGCGAAGAUGAUGAGGAAGUGCCCAGCAUUAAGGAUCUUUGGGAACGAGUCUCGGAGGAGGAAGUGAGCGCCGAUCCUUGUGCGCAGGUCAUGGCUUGCGAGACUGAGGAAUCGAAGAAGGUCACUCGCAAUAAUGGGAACAAGUACGUGGCCGUCUUCCGGCGCAAAGCGGAUCCUGAAUGGCCGGCCUAG